ACUUAUAAUUCGCUAUACUUGGUCGCAGUUUCAUCCACGUAUUAUUACAUUUAUUCAUAACUAUACAAUAAUAAUAAAGGUAGAAUCCAGUUAGCCGAGUAGUGGGUUUCUACAUGGGGAGCACAUUUGUAAUUUGUCUAAACAUGUAUGUAAGCAGAAGUAACACAAUAAUAAUAAAGAUAUAUCUAGCCGGCUAAUAACAAUGUAGACAAUUGGAUACUGCAUAGGGUGCAUAUUUGUAAUUACCCUUUGCGUGUGAACGGAUAUCCAAGUUCAUGAUGACAAUAAUGAGUAAUAAUUCAAUAUUCAUAUAGUGCCUUUCAAACUUUCUCAAAGCUCUUUACAUCAUACAUCCUAACCUACUUAUCAACUUAACUACAAUCAGUUGUCAAAGUACAAUAACAGAGAUAAUAGCCAAUCAGCUAUAAAUGUAAUAUGACAAGAAAGAUGUCAGUGCACUGGGCAUGUGUACAUGUGUAGAACAUGUUACUUCCGGGAACUCUCAUUUUUUUAUUGCAGAGGGGACUGGAAACUGGAUCUGGAUUGUAGGGGAUAGCCUGGUCAGAAGAGCAAAAGAACGAGCUUCACAACGCAACUAUCAGCCAUUUGGAGAGCGAGGUAUCGUGGUCUGCUGGCAUGGGCAAGGCGGCACCAUGCUCCAGGAUCUCCCCAGGAUGGUCUCUAACCGGCUGAGAUGCGGCACUCCUCCUGCAUUAGCUAUUGUCCACUUAGGAUCAAAUGACAUCGGACAGUAUGAUGUCUGCCGGUGCAGGAUGGCAAUUGACACAGCCAUCCAAGAUCUACGCACGAGAAUGCCGCACACCCAUAUCACCUGGUCUGGUAUUUUACCGCGGCUCUUCUACUAUGGUCGCAAGCAAGGCUCUAAUUCACAGGAGGCCUUGGAUGGAGUUCGUAAGUCUCUUAACAAAUACGCUAGGAGGAAACUAGCCAGGAUGUCGGAUACCACCAUCAUCAAACAUGAAUUUGACCCCACAAUCCACAGCCUCUUCAAUAGAGAUAGAGUGCACCUCUCUGAUUCGGGUUCAGACAUUCUCAUUGACAGUUUCAGAACUGCAGCAAGGGAAGCAGGAUUUGUUUAGAUAUGGAGAGGAGACGAGCUUGAGAAACAUUUUGAGAACUCGAGGCUUCUGGCAAGGUUUUUUUUUCUUUUGUAAUGUAUCUUAGUGUUAUUACGUUUAUUGUUUCUAGUCGUUUAUGUACAUACUUCAUUUUACGGGCUUUGUGAAGGGCACCGUCAACAGUACUACCUUGCUAUUAUCAAUAAUGAUAUGCACGUGUCUGGAUUGAGGAUAAUAACACUUGGAAGUAAAAAGAAAGAAAGAACAACUGAAUAGAAUGAAUAGAUAGACGAACAAUUCUUUUUUAUUCUUCAUAUUUUAGGGGUGAGAAGCAGGGACUGCACGGGAGAGUGUAUAGGUCAAUUAUGACAAACCAGUUCUUUCGAAUGAAUCAGCUUGGUAAAGCCUGUUUAUUGUAGUUGUACAAUACAUUAUUUACUCUUGGAAUUGCUUAGUUGAUCAGAAAUCGCAAGACGGGGCUGUCCCUGUGGUGACGUGCAUAAAUUUGAGAACCGAAAACGAACUGGGAAAGAAAGGACGAUAAUUAAGACAGGAGAGCAAAAUAUACUGUUUUGUUUAUACUCUUUGAAAGGAUACUGAUGGUCUUUGGAAGGUUUUGCUGUAAGGGCUACAUGAUAAUGUUUGUAAAUGGUGUGUAAUGCCCUAUCCAGGCCAUUGUGCUCAGUAUCCUCCAUCUUAUAUGCAUUUAGUCCUGAGAUGAUUAUAUCAACUAGAAGUUGCUUUAGUUUACCCUAGAAGGAACGUCCUUUUAUAGGCAUUUUGCAUCCAUUCAUGUGAGGUUAAGUGUUUAAUGCAGCUCCAUGCCAAUAUAUUAGGUAGCUUUAUUUGCAAGCAUGACAAGUUCAUGUAUGCUCCAGAAUCAUGCGACUUAUGACGGGGCAAAAAAAAAAAAAAAAAAAAAAAAAAAAAAAAAUUAUUAAUUGGGUGGAAGCUUUUUGUUCAGAAACAAUUUGUUUGAAACCUGACAGAUCACCAAUAUUGAUAUCAAAGUAUAUGCUCCAAAGAUGUUGUUUACCAAGAUUUAGGGAAACACCCGUGGGAACUACUAUCCUGCGGGUGGGUCACGUGAUCAACAGUCCCAGGGAGGAGUUACUACCCUUCCUGGCGAUCACGUGACCAUAUCUUUCAGUAAGAUUAAUAGGAUGCCACAGAUGUAGUUUUUCGUUAUGUCUUACGACAUUGUUCAGACUGUUUUGAGGUUUAUCACCUCUUAUGUUAUUUAGGCAUAUUGCCUCUGUGUUUUGAUGCCUCGUACGGAAUUAAACGGCGAGCAAUGGCAUAUCAUUUGUCCACGUGUUUUCUUCUCAAAAGGUAAUGAUCAUUUUCAGUGAUCAGUAAAUUUUUGAGAGAAACAAGUGUUAGGUUCAUAGAGGAAUAUAAUGUGUAAAAGUCCAAAUCGAUACAGAUUGUGCAUGUGAUCAAUAACCGGAUAACAUGUGAUCUAAUCACAGCGGGAAACAUGUGCGUUGUGGAAUAUACUAGUAACGUGUGCACGUAAUAAAGCCAUUGCAGUCUGAAAUUCCUUCGAGGCAACAAAUUUUUCCCCUCCACUCCCACCCAGGUACAUUGGUAAUAUAUUAUCGGGAUGGGAGGACCCGGCGUCAAUACAGAAUUUAGUCACGGGAUCGUUAAGGGGGUUGCAUAUUUCUGAGGCAAUGCAGUGUAGCGGUGACUUUAGCACAUAUGUUACCAUACAAGCUGAUAUCUUAGUCCAUGCGUAGAGCUGAAUUACUGUUGAGAAUUACCGUGUGUAGGAAAUUUUGUGUAUCACGAUUUAUGAUAUUCUUAUUAAACAUCUCAUGGUUGGGAGGUUGGGCAGAGUUACGACAGUAGAUCAGCAUGGUUGGUAGGUUGGAAAGACAUUGAUUUCUGCAUUAAGGCUGGGAGGUUGGGCAGAAUUUAGACAAUGAGUCAUCAUGGUUGGGAGGUUGGGCAGAGUUACGACAGUAGAUCAGCAUGGUUGGUAGGUUGGAAAGACAUUGAUUUCUGCAUUAAGGCUGGGAGGUUGGGCAGAAUUUAGACAGUCAUUCAUCAUGGUUGGGAGGUUGGGAGAGAUAUUGAAUUAU